UCUAGAAGACACUCCCGGACGUACCAUCAGUUACAGGCCAAUAUAUUGGCCUUUAACUACUCGUUCUUUCCAAGAACCAUUCGCACCUGGAACCUUCUACCUGCAGAGGUAGUGAACGCUGCUGACCUGCCUUCAUUUAAGUCGGCAUUGGCACCUGCGAUAAGUGAGCUUAAGGUGCCCAGUCACCUUCGCAGACUGUAACAUCAGUGCUGACUGUCCCUCCCGAAAUUAGUGAAACCUAUUAGGGAGUAAAUAGUUCUAAGUUCUAAGUUCUUGGACUCCCUGUGCUUUUGAGCCGGCAGUUUGUUCGAUCAUCUAUUCCAAGAUGGCGGCCAAGAUAUGAUGUGAGAAGAAGGAAUCGUUUUUGACAUGGAACUGGGCUUAGGAUUCGAGGAUGAUGAAUUCGUCCGUGAAGAGAAAAAGUCCACAAAUAAAGAUUUUACGAAGUACCAAGCUAAGAUUUGCCAAAAAGAGUGGUUUACUAUUCCAAAUGAAUCAGAUGAGAUAUCCGAAAAAUUUAACAAGCUGAAAUUCCAAGCUGAUGUGCAUUAUCGUAGAGAGGAUUUUCAAAAGGCUUUGGAACUCUACAAGGCUGUACGUGCGAGUAAAAUUUAUAACUGCAGUUCAACAGUAGAGAGAGAGCUUGCCGAAUCUGAAUUACGCUGUCUCAUAAAGCUUGGCAGAUACGAAGAGGCGCAGAUAGAGCUAGCAAAGAUGCUGAGAGAUCAGGAGGAGGAUGUGGCCUUGUGGACCUUGCAAGCAGAAAUUCACUCAUGCUGCAGCAAUUUCCAAGGUGAAAUAGCAGCAUUUCAAAGAUGUGUCACCUUGCAUUCAUUCAAGCAUCAGUUCUGGUGUGGCCUAGCUGCUGCCUACUUGAAUGCACAUAAAAAUGCUGGUAGUUUGAGACAAACUAAUACAACAGAUAACACACAUACUGCUGCUAGCACAAGAAGUGUAAAAUGCCAAUGUGCAAGUCCUACAGACCUUGGGAUAUCUUGUCUUUGCAUUAAUGACUCAUCAAAUUACACAGCACAUUUUUCAAAGGAUGUAACAAAAAAUUGGUCCUGUUAUGAUUGCAAGACUUCAAAGACUGAUCUACCUCAGGAAGGUGUGAAAAUAAAAGAAGACAGUUUCAUGGCUUCAGGACAUUUAAAAGAGUUCAGUAAGAAUCGGACAGCCUUAUACAACUUAACAGAACAAAGCAAUCCUAUCAAUGAAGGAAGCAAAAGUCCACAGACAGUAGAAGAUGAGAGAGGAUUAAUGGAAGAAAAUUGUGAAGAAAAAGGAGAUGCUAGUAGUGAAAUGCAUAGCAUUUGUGUUGUGGAUAAUGCAAUUAUUAAGAAACCUUUAGACACAACAUCUGAUGACUGUAAUCUAGUUGCUGCUUAUGUUUGUCUUUUGAGGGCAAGGGAUCUUGCAAGAAAAUCUCUGUGGGGUUCCUCGUCAUUUGUGAAGGAAAAAACCGAAUCAUUACUUGUGCUGGUAAAGCAUCUGUUGGAAGUCUGUGUUCUGUGCCGUUGUGGAAAUCUCAAAGAAGACCUUUCUAAGCUAAUGAAAUCAGAGGAAGGAGACAUGGCAGAUGAAGUCAAACCAGAUUUGGCGGAGAAAAAAGACUUUACAGCAAGGUGGCUUAGCCUUGCUCUCCUUCUAUCACAAGAACAUAUUUGUGUCUGAGCUUGUGUGAGAAUAAACCAACAAAUUUA